UGACAUUCUGAAAACUUGAUUGACGGAAAUAUUGACAUAAUGAAAGCUUGACGAAAUAAAAAUUUGACGCGGAAGGAAUUGCAUCUUUUUCGGUACGGUACUUACGUUAUUUUUGAAGCUAAAACCUAUUGACUUCUGUAUAACAAGCAAUGAAUAAAUUAUGACUCGCUCCUACGCCAAUAAUUAAUAUUUUAUUAUGGCUUGUAUAGUUUAAUGUCAAGUGCAUUUUCUAGUUUGUGAAGAGCGAGGAGUUUGAAAAUAGCGGUUAACAGUUUGCCAACCGCGCCCACUCUAUUGACCCCGGGCUCACAGUGGGGGGCCCACCCGCCAGAGUCCCACCCCGGGCGAUUUUCUCACCCCAGUUUUUCCGACAAUAUAGAAGUAGGCAGGCUAAGUAUUGACUUUUGUGCUGGGCAGUCGGAAAAUGAGAAAUCAAGUCUAAAGCUGUAAUUUAUUGUCAAAUUAUGGCUAACUGUUGGAAGAAUCCUGAAUUCAAUGAAGACAAUCUCCAUGAAAUUUGUCGUCUAUGUCUGUCACGGGGUGGCAUAAUGUCCUCGAUCUUCAGUUCUCCUGGAGGCGAAAAAUCUUUACCUUUAACAGAUCGAAUAAUGUCUUUCACUGCAAUAAAGAUUUUGAAAGAAGAUGGGCUACCUUAUUUAAUAUGUCACAGUUGUUUAUUUAAUGUAGAAAGAGUUUAUGAAUUCAAACAGCAAUGUGAGCAUUCAGACACUGUUCUCAGGCAGCAUCUCAUGUCUGGUAAGAGUUGGGGAUCGUUUGUGAAAAAAGAGCUCGAUUCAAGUGAUGAAGAAGAUGAAACUAACAAAAGUGCAGAGAAUACAUCGGCAUCAAUAAAUGGUGUUCAUGAAGAUAGGAUUCAAGAAGAUUGUAAGGCGGAGACAAUGUUUGAAGAAAAUGAUGAGAAUGGUUGUGAUCUGACAGCUGGUCCCGAGGCAGCACCCUACCUUAACUCUGACGAUCAGGACGAUGAAUCAUCAAUUUCAUCACCAGAUAGUACAACGGAUCAUGUAAUCGAUGACAGAGAAGCAGAAAAGCCAGAGGAAUCAAACAUGGGGUGGAUAGGCGGCGAUUCGAACCUGAUCAAUUGUCCAUCUUGUAAUAAACCAUUCAACAAUCAGCAACAGUUGGAUCGUCAUCAGCUAAUUCAUACACAGGACGCACCGUUCCCGUGCGACUACUGUGAGGCGACGUUUAACGACCGUGCCGCUCUGAAGAUGCACUGGCGCGACCACGCCGGACCACGCACUCUGAUCUGCAUGACCUGCGGCGAGACGUUCGCUGACCGCUGCGGCCUCACCCAACACGUCACCCUACACGACCAGGUUAAGCCGUUCCACUGCCCCACAUGCAAUAAGGCAUUCACCUAUCGCUCCGAUCUGCGCAAGCAUGCUGUUAUACAUACUGGCGCCCGGCCGUACGUGUGCAAAAUCUGCAACAAGUCGUUCACUCGCAGCACAAACCUGAACAAGCACGCGCGCGCUCACGCGGGCAAUCGGCCGUUCGCCUGCACCAAAUGUGAGAAGAUGUUCUCGUCACGCGCAGACCUGGCGCGCCACGCCGUCAUCCACACGGGCGAGAAGCCCUACUCGUGUCUCAUCUGCGGCCUCGCCUUCAACCGCAAAGACAAGCUGACGCGCCACGAGAAGCUGCACACCGAGGAUCGAGCCCAUGCCUGCGGCGAGUGCCCCACCUCCUUCCACCGCAAGGAGGAGCUCACCAAGCACAUUCAGUUCCAUCACUUUCGACCGGAUCCAGCAACUAUGGCAAGUGCGAUCAUGGAUGACACAUCUCAAGAUAUAGAUGAUAUCAAGGUUGAAGGUGACGAGGAGGAGGAGGAGGAGGACACAAACGUGAAACUAUCGGAAGGCGAAACGGAGGAUAUGGUGAUCAGCGUCGACCCUUUCCACGUGGAAAGCGACGCAGGGCGUCCCGACGCAGGCCAGCUACUGUUCUCCUGCGGCAUCUGCCACAAACGCUUCUCUGACAAAACCUACCUUAGGAAACACCGGCUGAUCCACUCUGAAGAGAAGUGUCACACUUGCAGCACGUGCCACAAAUCGUUCUACCGCAGGCGAGAGCUUGUACGUCACGAGGCGGUCCACACUGGCUUCAAACCGUUCCCGUGUGCCGUUUGCCAGAAGACGUUCGCUCGACGCGACAAACUGGCACGUCACCAGAAGACACACUACGAGUGUGCCACGUGCCACCAACGCUUCGCUCAGUUGCACAAACUCGUCGAACACGAACUGGUGCACAACACCAACAUACAAAAUGUGUCAGUGACACCGAUAUCGUCGCAGCGCUCUUUCCGCUGCAGCCUGUGUCCGGCCGCCUACAGCCGCAACGAUAACCUCAGCAAACAUAUGCGCGCGCACCGCUCUGAGCAGCGCAAGUCGAUGCUGAAAGCCAACAGCGAAGCACUGAAGAAGAAUCCGGUCGACUAUUUGACACAGAUGAACCCCGAGCUGAAGAUCACCAUCCGCACCGCCAAGUCGGCCAAACCUGCCAGGCCAGUCAAGCACUGAGCACUGAGCACUCAGCAACCAACCAUCUAGUCAAUUUAUUAUCUAGGUCAAAUUAUUACCAGUUUAGUCUCGAGUUUUUUGUAUCUAUUGGCGGUUUAAAAUCAAAAUUUAUUCUUUAGUAGUUUUUAUCGAUAAUCGGAUAAUUUGAGUUGUGCUCAGUUUAAAACGCUUUAUAGCCAAAUUAACACUGAUUUUUGAAAUAGCAAGUAAUUAUAUUAUUAUUUUUUAAACUUGAAAUAAAAAAUAGAGGAGUACUUCUAGAUUGAAAACCCUUUAUUGUAGAAUUAUUGCCAUUUCAUACUAGUGAAUAAUAGUUUUCAAAGUUUUGCCUUUUUUCAAGUUUUACGCUUAGUUCAAUUAUUUCAGAUAACCCAUUCUAGUCAAUUUUCAACCAAUUUGUUCUAGUUUUAAUCUUGAAAAAUAAUAGAAUCUCUUCGUUUCAAUAUCAAUAGCGUGAAAAUCCGGUGUAGACAAAUUGUGUCCAGUAUUAGAUCGGAAUCGCGGUCCUAUUUGAGGCGAACGCACACACACAGUAUCAGACAGUCAUCUUCAGACAGACAAAGGAAAAAAUCCUCUCCAGGUGUUGAGAUGUAGAUAAAUUUCAUUUUUAUCAAAUUCUGACCCGGUUGUCUAUUUAAUUGAACUGCGGUCAAGUGAAAUCAUCACACUGUGGUUCAUUGCUUGUCGUGGCAUUGAUUCCCUUUAAUGGGGUCACUUGAAGGCAGAAUAUCAAGUGGAGUGCAGCUGUCAGUUGAAUUCGAAUUCCUUCCUUCAAAUAAUUUCCUCCAAUAAAUCAGUACUGACCAGCAGUCUAUUAUCUGUCUUACAAUUGUAGUUACUUGUUGUCUAGUUUGAAUUAAAUUUUCCUAGUACUCUUUUAUUUUUACGUUCCUGUCACACUACAUUGUAUUGUGUUAGUGAUUCAGCACCACUUAUAUUCAUAACUCAAACAAAAAUGAAUUUCAACUUUCUGAUAGAUAUAGAUUAUUCUUAAACUUUAUUCACAACACUACUACAUUUUUCCUUUUAUUUGAACCAUUUGUGUGUAUAUUGUAGGUACAUUUUUAAUAACUGUUACAGCUCCAAUAAUUAUUAAACGAUUGAAACUACUUAUCCUGAAAAAUCUCAAUAACAUUCUUGUUUAAUUCAUUAAUAUUCUUGUAUUAAGAUCACUUAUCACUUAUUGUUGGGUUUUUUUUGUUCAUCUACCACGUAGUCACAUUUUUUGUAAUUGCUAUUACUAGUUAAAAUGUAUUUAUAAAUAACAUACAGAGUGCAUUCUACAAUAACUUAUCUUCUGUUGGAAUUGAUUUCUAUUUUAAUUGUACAAAUUUAACUUUUAUCAAGCGCAAUCAAAUUAUAAUCAAUUUUUUUUCAGUAUCAAUAUUGUAAUAGAAUAACCCACAGAUACAAUAAUAAUUAUAACGUAAUAUGAUUAUAAUAUGACCAAUCGAAACAUUAAAUGUGAUAGAAUUCAUAAUAAUUCGAAAAUAUCCUGAUCCCUUUUUCUCUUCUCGUGGAUGGAUAUUCAGGGUUAUAAGUUAUAGUGAUUAUUAAUCCAAUCUAGUCAAAUUUAUCUUAUUUCUCUAGCUAA